GGAACUCCGACAGCAGCAACUACACCUGCAACAGCAACAGCACCACCAGAGAUCUCAGCGGGCGGCGAGGCCAAGAGCAAAAAUGCCGAGGAGGAGGCAGCUGCCACAGCCGGAGCAGCAACGGUGGCCACUGCCGGUACACCGGCAACCGGAGCAAGUGCGGCCAGUGCUGGCGAGGCGACAACGGCAACGGGCGCCACGGCGACAGCUGCCGCCAAGGGUGUUGGCAAACCGGAAACAGCGACUGAGCCAGCGGGAACGGCUGCUAAGGGAGCUGACUCUCGGCCAGAUGCCAACGAUCCGCUGGCCAAAACUGCUUCGAAGGCUAUCAAUGCCGAGGGCUAUAAUGCUAUCGGUGGCAACAGCAGCAGCAGCAGCAGCAAUGCAACGGGCGCCUCUGCUCCAGUGCAGGGCGUUACCUUGAAUGGCUUUAAGCCUGGCUAUCAAACCGUGGUCAUGGCCAAUGUAAAGGCAUCCACGGGUGGCGAUGAUUCUGGUGCGAACGCUGGUGGAGCAGCACCCGGAUCGUUAGCAGCAACGAAUGCAUCGAUUGCGACGAGUGGCGAUAAAAUCGUCAAGACAACGCCAUCAUCCAGGGCGCCAAAUUCUACAUCUUCAACGGCGGCGAAUGAGAGUAGUAGUGGUGCCGGAGUGAAUACCUAUGGCCACACCGCAACAACGGCGGGCAAUUAUCUUGGACAGAAGCUGAAGGCUGCCCAAGUUGAGGGUUUGGGAGCUGGCAAUGAAUUGCAUUCGGAUGUUAGUGAAUCCAAGAGGAAACGAUUCGAACUGAAUUCCGGUGAGGCAGGUGGAAAUGCAACGUCAGCUAUGACCAAUAGCAGCACCAGUGGCAGCAUGAACAUCAGCAAUAGUCACGGAUUGAAGGCCAAUGCCAAGGAUGGAUCGAUGAUGGCCAAAACAUCGAUGGCAUCCACAUCGUCGGCAUCGGUUGUUGUCACAUCUACGCCAUCGGCAUCCUCAUCGUCAUUGUCAUCCGCGUCGUCCAUGCUGUUGAUAAGUGCCGCAUCCGUAAUGUCCACGGCAGCGGGUGCAACGUCCUCGUCCACGGCGACAACAACGGCCACAGCUUCGGCGAUCUCGUUGCCGCUAUUGGCGGAUGGCAGUGGCAACUCGAUGGUCAAUGCAAACGAGAUUCUCGCCCUCGAUGGCAAAGACAAAUUGGCCAGCUGCUUUGUGUGCAAGGCGGAGGCGUGUCCCCGCACCCGUCCACUAAAGAAGGGGCGUGGCCAGCAGUAUGGCAUUCCGGACGAAACAAUACCGGCGGGUGCCCGCGUCUGCAAUAGCUGUCAAUGCAAAUCGGUGCGCAGCCGCUAUCCAAAUUGUCCGCUACCCACAUGCCCAAAUCCCAAGGAUCGAGCCCAGCGUCUGCGGAACAUUCCCUCCCGUCUCUUCGAACUGGCGCCCGAGGUGCGUGAUCCGUUGAUGGCCGAAUUUCAAAUACCACCGCAUGCAACACGCUGCUGUUCGGCCUGCCUAAUGCGCAUUCGUCGCAAGCUCGAUCCGCAGCUGAAUCUCACCGAUGGCUCCAGUGGCGGUGCCGGCAGCGGCAGUGGCGGCGAUGAGACGGAUGUCAGUACCUCGUCGUGUGAUGAACGAGAGCCGGGCGGAUCCGAUACCGCUUCCGUUGAGAGUCCGGAGAAUUUGCAGCGGCACAAGUCCCUUACGAUGGUCAAACAGCAACAGCAACAGCAGCAACAGCAGCAGCAGCAACAACAGCAGCAGCAGCAGCAACAGCAACAGCAACUAUCGCAGCCACAGCCACCUCCGCCAGCUCCGCAGCAGCAGAAGGGUUCGUCUGGACGAGGUGGUGAUCAGGGUACACCACUGAUUAUCACACCAACCCGAAUGAGCAGCAAGUCGGGAUCGGGCGGUGCGCAAACAGCGGGCGACAAUGAACGCCUACUGCCACCCGCCGCUGGCCAGGCACCCAAGAAGCAAAAGACCAGCGAGGAAUACGAUUCCUCGGCCACGGAAACGGCGGAUGAGGAGAACGAAAACUCGCCGGCCAAUCGUCAGAGUCCCAAGGUACUAUUCCAUGGCCAUGGACAUGGACAUGGUGGUCAUGCCAAUAAUGUGGCUGGUCUGCAGCCGCCGGUGGCCAAUAUGGGGACGGGUGGUGGUGUUCAACCAGGUGGAGCUGCUGGGCAACAGGUCAACGGACCGAUUAGUAUGCGACGCGAGGCGGUCAACAAUGUUCAGGAUUGCGUAUUCUCGGUAAUUGAGCGUUCGCUGAAGCACAAGGGUCCGCAACCGAAGGGCGGACAGGGUCAGCAGCAGGGUCAGGGGCAAGGACAGGGCCAGGGUCAGGGUCAGACUCCAGGUCAAAGCCAGUCCCCAUCCCAGCAGCAACAGCAGCAGCAGCAGCAGCAAUCUGCCAAUAAUCUGGAACGCAAGGAGCUUACCAUUGUAAGGGAAUACCGCCAGGAUCCGGGUAUACUGAAGCAGCAGCAGCAGCAGCAGCAGGCUGGCGGAGCACCGCCCACCUCGGCUGCCGGUAGUUUGCCGCAUGGCACCUCCGUACAGAAGCUAACAACCCGGCCAGCUGCAGUGGCACCACCGCCACCGGCUCAUCCACUGACACCCACCAGCACUGGAUGUGCGGGCAGCAACAACGGAACCAGCGAUAGCCUAGCCACCUUAUCGGUGGUCAAUUCGCACAUGGGCAUGGUGGGAAUUGGUCAUCCGGGCCCGAUGGCCCACGCAAGUUCCGCCGGAGGAAUCGGUGUGGACAAGGCGACCAUAACGCCGGUUGUCAAGAGCUCUAGUGGAUCAUCGAAGAGCGGCGGCGGCAGUGCGUCCAGUCACUCGACAGCCACACCGCCGGAGACCAUAAUCUACAAUGUGCCAGUGGCGCAUCCGCAACGUGGUAUACCACCACCGUCGCAGCACUCGGUACAUCCGGCCCAUCCGUCGCAUACACAGCAUCCGGCCCAUCCGCAGCAUUCGUCGCAUGGUCAGCAUACGCAGCUGCAAGUGCCGGAACCGGAGCCGCAAACAUUGGACUUGAGCAUCAAGAAGCCGCCGCGCGAUGGCCAUUCGCCGCACACGGGAGCCGGAGGAUCUAGCUCGUCUGGCUCUGGAUCGGGUGGACCGUCCUCAUCGGAUCGACAUCAUGGCCCACCACCGCCGACCAUGUCGAUGAAGCACAUUGUACGCUCUGGUGGCAUGUAUCGCGGUGACACCGUAACUGUUCCAUCGCUGGCUGCACCCAGUUCGUAUCUGUAUCCCACACGGAGUGUCAAGACCAUUGGCGGCGGUGGCGUGGUGCCCGGUGUGCUGCCCGGUGUGCCUGGUAGUGCACUAUAUCUACAACCAGUACCAGUGCCCGUACCCAUUUCCAUUUCCGGUCAAGGCCAGUUGCCGCCGAGAGCUGGACAACCGCCACCGGCACAGCCGCCAUCCGGCAGGGGUGUGGCCAAGGUGCCACCCAAGCUAAGUCCCCAGCAGGCCCAUCACUUGCAUCCCAGUCACGGACACUCGCCAUCGCAGCAGCAGCAACAGCAGCAGCAACAGCAGCAACAGCAGCAGCAACAGGCGGCUGCAGCACAACAACAAUUGCUGGUGAAAAGCGGCUCAAUCACCCAUGGAACACCGGCCAAUAGUGCCCAGCAACAGAUUAUCGUUCAUGCACCAGCGACGGCAGCAGCAGCACCCUCCUCCCUGCUCAGUCCCAAGUUCGAUGGCUUGGUCAGGCAAACGACACCAGAGGGUGUGGGUUCCGUUGGACCCGGAGGAGCAAGUGGCAGCGGCAAGCAUGGCUCGAUAACGCAGGGUACACCGUUGCACAUGCCACCGCAUCAUUUGGAGAGCAAACGGCCAUACGAGAGCUACUACAAGAGCUCGCAGCGUCACAGUCCCGCCCAACAGCCGGGUGGCAAUCAGCAAUUGCCGCCGCCGCCGCAGCAAUCGUCUCCACAGGCGCCACCUCCGCAGGGCUAUGGUGUCGGUGUGAGCUCACCCUAUGCCCGAUCGCCGUUCGCCGGUGUCGUGGAACAGCCGCAGGUGCUGAGCACGCGACAAAUUGUGAUGCACGACUACAUAACCUCACAGCAGAUGCAGGGACAGCAACAGCAGCAACAGCAGCAGCAGCAGCAACAGCGCAACAUGUCGCGCGGCAGCAGUGCCAGUGGCGGUGGAGGCGGCGGUGGUUCCGACAAGGAGUCACCAUCGCCACGAAACAGUGUGGGCAGCGCCAGUGGUUUCGCCUAUGGCGGCGACAAGGAAUCGGCACCCCGUGGCCGACCGGAGUACUCCAGUCGUGCAUCGCCAGCCGAUCAUGUUAAUAGCACUCCGAGUCCGCAUCGCACGCCGCCGCCACAGCGCCAAGGCGUCAUCCAGAGGCACAACACGGGCUCCAAGCCACCAUCACCGGCUGCUCCGCCACCGAGCCGGAUGCACAUGCCGCCGUAUCAAUAUGCGCCAAGUGGUCACGAUGCAUUGGCCUCGUUUGUGGACGUGGCCGUGCAGCAGCCGCAGUUACCGGUGCCGUCGCAAAAGGAUGACAAGUCGCCGGGUCCAUCAACGGCGCCGGGACAAGUGCCCGGAUCUGGUCCACCACUUGGACCAUCACCUCUGCCGCCACACGCUGUGGUCGGCGUGGCGCAGCCACCGCCGCCGACCGCACACCACGAUCAACGGUAUCGCGAUCUGACCCUGCAUCACCAUCAUCAUACACUGGUGCAGCAGCAGAUUGCGCAACAACAGCAUUAUCGUAGCCUCAAUGUGGCGGCCCAGGUCGAUAUGCAGCGGCAGAUGGAUCAGGCGAAACGUGUGAUGCGCCACCAACAGCACCAGGUCCAGCAGCAGCAGCAGCAGCAACAGCAGCAGCAGCACAACCAUGCCCUGGAACGGGACAGGGAGAUGCAGGAACGGAUGCGCGAACGGGAUCGUGAGCGGGAAAGGGAAAGGGAGCGUGAGCAGCGGGAACGAGAACGUGAACGAGAACGCGAACGUGAACGGGAGCGCGAGCGACGUGAACAGGAUCGUGCGCGGCGUGUGGUGGCCGAAGAGCGGGAGCACGAUAGUCGACGCAUGGAGCGCAUGUUCGCCGGCAAUGUGGUCACUGGAUCAGGUGGCGCCGGCGGCGGAGGACCGUCGCCCGGUCAAUUUCUGCGGGCUUCGGUUCCGGAAACUGGUCCACCACGCUCAAUCCCAGAUCGCGAACGGGAAUCGUACUAUCGUCAGGCACACGGCGGUCCAGCUCCAGAGGAUACGCCCGGGCAACUGAGCGCCCAGAGUCUGAUCGAUGCCAUCAUCAAGCAUGAGAUCAAUCGUUCCAAUGAUGCCACCGCUGGCCCGGGUCGCGAAUUUCCGCGCCCAUCGUUCGUUCAUGCUCCGUUGCCGCCACGUGGUUCCGGAUCGGGAGGCGGCACCGGUACACGAUCCUCACCGGCCAAUGUGCUCCAUCCGAUGUACCUGCGCGAUCUACGCCAGCCGCUCGACGGCGGAGCGGGAUCAAUGCUUACGGCGGAGAACAAUGGCAAGCCCAGCUCGUCGGGAUCGCCCAGUGUGAUUAAUAUUGAUUUGGAUCAGGAGCGCAUCUCAGCGGCAGCGGCAGCAGUUGCCCAGCAGCAGCAGCAGCAGCAAGCUCCGCCUCCGUCGCAAUCGUCGCAGUCUAGAUCCGUGCACGGUCAGCUAAGGACACCGACCUCGCAAGCUGGCGGAUCAGCGCCCAGUCCACAGCAGAUUCAUACGAAGAGCAUUACCUUUGGGGAACUAACCGAUUCGAUAAUUACCAGUGACUACGGCACCAAUCCUCAUCUGCGGCCACCAUAUAUGGCCUAUUUGCAGGAGACGCAGUCAAUUCUGCCGCCGGAUCGCUGGAAGCAGAACCGUCGUAUGCAACAGAAGGCCGAGGAAGCGAAGCACCAUUCCCAGCAGCAGCAGCAGCAGCAACACCAGCAGCAACAUCACGCCCAGCAGCAGCAGCAGCAGCAGCAGCAACACCAUGCCCAGCAACAUCAUCCGCAGAUGCCGGGCACUGGCUCUGGCUCGGCUCCAGGUGGUGCUGGUCAGGGCGGUGGAUCGGGCGGCCCGGGUAGCGGUGGUGGUGGCGCCGGCAGAGCCAGCACACCUGGCGAGGAUGGGCGCAACAUAAUCCGAAUGCCACAGGCGGUCAGUCCGCGAAAAUUUAAUCAUGAGAUGAUGCUACAUCAUGUGAUGGGAACGACGGGAGCGGGUGGUGAAGCUGGUCAGUUCUUCCUACCCAGCCGUGUCGUUCUGCCCGAGCAGAGAGGAACGCCCAGCGGUGGUGGUGGAGCGCCUGGAGCCGGAGGUCCUGGAUCCGGAGGCGGUGCUACCACCAUUGAAAAAUAUGUAAAGACCCGCAUUGCUGAAGUGAUGCGCGAUGAUAUUGGUUAUGGAAAGAAUCGGACUGUCGAGGUGCGAACAGAGGAUGAAGUAACCGCCGAUAUGGUGGCACAUUCGCAUGCCGCCGUCCAUGCUGCACAUGUGGCGCACGCAGCCCAUGUCGCCCAUGCCGCUGCUAUGGAGUUGCAGCACAGAAGCAAGGAACCACCGCCGCCAGAGAUCAGUGUGUCACGUAAGACGCCCAACCAAUACGAGGUGGUAGACGCCAGUGGUCGGCGCUCAGCUGGCAGUGGUUCCGUUUCGGUUUCCGUUUCGGGCGCCAAUAGCCACCAUUCGCCGUAUCAUCCACCGGCGGCGGCCUAUGCCCCCAGCACCUAUGCCUUCCCGUACAGCGCCCUGAAUGUGCCCGGUGCCGCCGGUGGAUUGCCACCGCACCAGCCGUUGCAGCUAGCCCACCAGGCGGUGGCACCACCUGGUGCCUUUGCCAAGGCCAAGGCAGCGCAUGCCCUGAGUGAACUGGGUGCAGUCGGUGGUGGGGUGUCAUUGGUGGUGGGCGGCGGCUCUGGAGGAAUUGCAGGCGGACCAGGUGGUGUCUCAGUCGGUGUCGGUGUACCGGGCGGCGGCGGACCAGGAAGCGGUGGCGGCGGCGGUGGCGGUCACAAUUCCAGUUCAUCGCAAGCAUCUGCUGCGGUUGCCGCUGCCGUUGCAGCGGCGGCCAGUGAGUCCAAGCCGCUGCUGUUGUCCAAGUACGAUGCACUCAGCGACGAAGAUUAGUUGUGACUGCCGGCGUCGUCAUCGGCGUCGGCGUCGCACCUGCGGCCAGCGACAAUAGCAGUAGCAGCAGCACUAACGCCCGGCAGCAGUACGAGCGUGGUAUACGGCUAUCCUGGCUACCGGCGACACUCUCAGCAUCAGCAACAACAACAACAGCAACAACAACAACAACAGCAGCCACCGCAUCCGCAUCUUGUCCAGCAGCAGCAGUCGCCACAUCGUCAGCAGCAGCAGCUGUACCAGACCACGGUGCUGCCGCCUCCAUUGCAGUCCCAGCAGCAGCAACUCCAACAGCAGCAACAGCAGCAACAGCAGCAGCAGCAACUCCACCAGCAGCAGAGGAGUCUCUACUAUGCCAGCGAGCAUUAUCCGGGAGGCAACGGAGGCAGCUCUGCCGGCGGCAAUCCGGGCUACUACUGACAGCAGCAUCUGCAACAUUAGCAACAGCAGCAGCAGCAACAACAGCAGCAACAACAACAGCAGCAGCAACAACAGCAAAUGAAACACCAUAAGUUGUAGAACAAGAUGCGUGAGCUAGGCAAACGACAUGUGUAAAAAAAAAAAACAAAAUAACAGAUAAGAAAAAAGGCUUUAACAAAAAGAAGAAUUAAAUUAAGAGCAGGCAAAUAUAAUAGGCAGGCAAUUGAGAGAUCACAAGAGAUGCGGAGAGGAGUCAAGUGGAGAGCAGACGGCAAUGCAGACUUGACAACAUUUUAGGUAUAGUUUUUGUCCAAUGAAAAUGAUUUAGACAAUUUAAAAAAGUGCAAAUAAACAAAUUGUGGAUGCAGGAGAAUGCAGACUAGCAUAAAACUUAAAACUUUAACUAUAUGGAUUGUAAAUUUGGCACGUCCAAAAAAAGACUUUUUAAAGCGUGAUUCAAAACAUUUUCUUAGUAAUUUAACGCAAAUCAUUUGUAAUUGUAUAUAAAAAAAAAAAUGCUAAAUCUGAGCAAAACGAAAUCCGUAUUCUUUAUGUCGCCUAAUUGUACAUGUCCCCAUUUGUGUAGACGCGUGUGUCCAUGUCCAUGUCCUUGUUCAUUUUUUUUUGUCAUGUUCUUGUCAUUUGUUAUUUGUCCUUUGUCUUUCGGUCGUUGAUUCCCUCUGCUCCUCACACAGCUCCAGCCUCAGCACCCCGAGUCAGAACGUUAUGAGAAUGGUAGUGAGAACAAUUUAGAUGCAUAUAUAUAUAUAUAAAACUAAAGAUCACACCACACACACACACAUAUAUAUAUAUAUACAAUACACUAUGAGUAUAAGGAGUAAACAAAAUAAAUAAAACACACUGUUGGGCUGUUCUUAGAAAAAAAAAACAAAACAAAAGAAAACAAAAAACCUAAGCAAAAGUAAACGAGAAACAAGUAAAUAUAGAUAUAUAUAUAUAUUACCUAUAAAACACUUUAAUCAUUAUUUAAACGACUUAUUGUAAAUUUCAUAAAAAACUGCGCAUACUUUUAAUGAACAUCAUUUAAUCAAUCUUAUCAAUACAUUUACUACAACUAUUCGUUUUUUUUUUUUUUGCUAUUUUUAUAUGCAAGGCCUAAUUUAUGGAGCAAGAUUGUGUUUUAUUCCCUUCUUAGGCAAGCGCUAUUGAAUUAUGUACGUUUAAUUGCUAAGCUAAUGAAAGUUUUAAUGUAAGUAAAUUAAAAGUAAGCCCAAUACAUAGAAAUAUAUAUAUGGGAUAUACAUACGCAUAUUUUUUUAUAUAACACUUAUGUCAUACGAAACAGUUUUAGUGUUAAACUACUUUACUGUUUAAUUCGUUUUUUUAAACUUAUUUUUUUUACACGCAAACGCGAAACAAACGUGGGGAAACCAAUUGAAAAACGUGAAAACAAAAAAAAAAAUUAAUAUUUUUAAUACAUAAUGAAACUAAAAACGAAACAAAAUCUUUAUAGUAAAUAUAUAUGAAGUAAACAACAAACGCUAAGACUUAUUCAACAAAACAAAAAUUGUAAAAUAUUAAAAGAUAAACGAUAUAUAUAUAACAUUCAUAUAUAUAUAUAUAUAUAAAUAUAUAUAUGUGUGUAUGUAAAAGCUAACGACACAGAUAUUCGCAACCCAAAUCCGAAAUCGCGCGGAAACGGAUACGGAAAACCCGAAACGCAACUCUGGCCGAGCGGCGCGCAGCAACGUUUUAGUUAAGAGCAGGAAGCGUAUUUUUUUUUAUAUAAAAAAUAUAUAUAUAUACAUAUAUAUAUAUAAAUUAAAUAAAAAACAAAUUCUAUAUAUACAGAAAAUUUUACAAAAAAUAUAUAUAUAUAUAUAUGAUAAUAAAUGUAUGUAAAGCGGCAGCAUAACAACUAAUGGAAUAAAUCAUAAACAGCGCCAGAGGUUCGAGCGGAUCGAUGGGGGUGGGGCGAUAGCGGCCGGAACUGGACGAACGGACACGCGAACGAACAAGGACUCGAGGAGCCGCCCACACAACGAAACAGCUAGCGUCGCCCCCACUCCGAUCGCCGCUGGCCGAUCCUCGAUUGUGAGCACUUUCUACACAUAUAAAUGAAUAUAUAUAUAAAUGAAUAAUGUAUGAAUAACCGAAUUUUAUAGCUGGGCGAACUACAAAAACGUCGGCUGAAUGGAUGUAAAACAAAACAAUGUGUAUGCACAAGGCGUGCCCUGAAAAUGAUUUAAGCAAAUCACAUUAAAAAAAAAAAAAAAUAAAAAACAAAAACAAAUUCAAAUUCGCUAUAUUGAAGGACCUUUAUUGUAUUGUUUUUCCCGUUUUUUUUUUCUGUUGUAUCAAUUAAAAAUCGAUAUAGUUGUAUGGGAAAACGCAAAAACAACAAAAAAAAAAAAUAAUAAGAAACAAACAUACAAAAAUUACGAGUAAAGGCGGUUUUUGAGUGCAUAUUGAUAACAAUAAACACAAAUUAUGAAUGCAGAUAACACACACGAGAGAGGAGCGAAAUGAAAAGUAAACAACAAUAUUAUGUGGAGUAUAUGCAUAUAAUGUGCGCCGAGUCGCAGAGCUAGAGCUGAUUAUGAUCGAUACAUGAUAAUGAUGUUUAGCACUUAAGUUUUAGUUGUAACUUUAUGCCUUAAGUUGUAAGCUUAAAAAUAAUAAUAUAAAAUUAAAUACAACAUAUUAAAAAGCAAAC